AUGGCUUCGGUUCGAGCUGCCUCUAUUGACUGGUCAAAAUUAACAGUAACUUUAGGUCUAAGGAAAGAAACUAUAACAGCUUUACAGGCAUUUCGUAAGCGUAAUGAGGAGGCAAAACGCGUUGUUUCUGCUCUUAAACAACAAAAAGCUGACAUUGAUUUCGAGCAUUAUCGAAACAUCUUAAAAAAUAAGUCAAUCGUAAAUGAAGCCGAAAAGGUUUUAAACCAAUUUAAACCAACAAAAGUUGAUCUGGAUGCACAAUUGAAAGUUGUUGAAAAGUUUGAAAAGAAAGCAAUUGACUACGCAAAAAAUACAGUUAACAAAAUUGAUGCCGAGCUUGGGGAAUUGCAAGCUACUUUGACAAACAUGGAACAAACGAGGCCUUUCAAAGAUAUUAGCGUUGAUGAACUAGUUAAAGCUAAACCGGAACUCAAUGAUAUUGUUGAGAAAAUGGUCAAAAAAGGACGUUGGACGGUUCCUGGCUACGAAGAAAAAUUUGGAUAUUAA